AGUGCGUGAUAAUGUGCAACAUCAGUCAUGUUUCACGUCACAAUCAAAAAUGUAGCAACCGAAUGUCACACGCGUCUUUUUUGAUAAGGCUGCUGUCAUGGAUAAUCAUCGUCAUUAUUUUGAACAAAAAUAAAACUAAUAAAAGCAACUGUUUAUGAGGAACAAUCAUACUAAUCCUUACGUUUUGUGCGAGUCAAUUUUGAAAUUUUACAACAAUGUCUAUGCUAUUGCGUAAUAUCCAGCAUCCCAGAGCCGUGCUACACCGCCAUAUGAGUGUAGUUGCCUCAGUUCUAAGGUACGGUGAAUUCGGUGACCCGGCGAAGGUGCUUCAAGUUCAGCAAGAGACCGUCCCCGACCCAUCCAAUGGAGAGGUGCUUGUUAAAACUCUGGGAGCACCAAUCAAUCCUGCCGAUAUCAAUACGAUUCAAGGCAAAUAUCCCGUGAAACCCAAGUUUCCAGCAGUGGGAGGAAAUGAGUGCGUCAGCGAAGUGGUCGCAGUCGGUAGCCAAGUUGGCGGAUUGAAGGUCGGUGAUCGUGUGGUGCCAUUUGCCAGCGGACUGGGGACGUGGCGAUCAUAUGCCUUGUACAAGGAAUCCAAUCUCAUGCGGGUGCCAGGUUCGAUCGGAAUCGCUGAGGCCGCAACAAUCACCGUGAACCCUUGCACCGCCUAUCGGAUGCUAAAGGAUUUCGUGUCCCUGAAAGCGGGAGAUACUGUGAUUCAAAAUGGAGCCAAUUCGGCUUGUGGUCAAGCGGUUAUCCAAUUGUGCCGGGCGUGGGGAGUUGACUGUGUGGGGAUUGUCCGUGAUAGACCAGAGUUUAGCAAACUGCGGGAUCACUUGAAGGACAUGGGUGCAGCAGAGAUCCUUACUGAGGAAGAGCUACGGACUACAAAAAUAUUCAAGGACGGAUUGUUCAAGAAACCGAAGCUAGCACUUAACUGUGUUGGUGGUAAAAAUGCUUUGGAGGUGUCGCGUCAUUUGGACAAUCAUGGCAUCAUGGUUACAUACGGUGGAAUGUCACGGGAGCCGGUUAGCGUACCGACAGCAUCACUUAUCUUCAAAGAUCUACAAUUCAGUGGCUUUUGGAUGACGCGUUGGUCUGAAAUAAACGCACAAAGUCCGAAGCGGGCGGAAAUGUUCACAGAGCUGUUCCAACUGAUUGAGAAAGGUGCCCUAAAAGCACCGGCCCAUGAGAUGAUUGCAUUUACAGAUUACAAGUUGGGAGUGACCAAUGCACUUAGUAUUCAAGGCUUUGUGGGUAAAAAAUAUAUUUUUACUUUCUAAUGAUUGUUUAUAACAUUAAUAAUUAUCUCUUAAUUAUUGCAAUAAAAUUGUUAAUAUAAAUAAAUAAUUCAGAUUCAUUUAAAGAGA